AUGGCAGUCGUUGAAUCGGCUAGCGGACUGCUGUCUACUUUAACCAACGCGCUUGAGUCUGCAGCCUCCGCGUUUCCCGAGAAUGGAGAGAAUUUCCUCCCUCCCACGGACGGCAUCUCUCUGCUCGACGUCAAAAACGACCUUCUCCUCUCCUACAUCCAGAAUCUAGUGUUCAUCGUCAUAAUGAAACUGCGCAAUGACGGCAGCACGCCGGACAUGACAACCGAUGUGAUCAAAAAGCUGGUUGAACUACGAGUCUACCUAGAACGGGGCGUGCGGCCACUCGAAGGCAAACUCAAAUACCAGAUUGACAAAGUAGUGCGCGCCGCCGAAGAGGCCGACCGCCGCGCCAGCCAGAAGCCCUCUGCUGUUGUUUCCGAUCCCACGAAGAAAUCUAGGAAGUCCAAACCGCACGACGAGUACGGAGCAGUAUCCCGAGGUGAAGCCGAGGUGUCGGGCUCCGAAGAUUCAGACGAUGAGGAGGAGGAAGAGGAAAGGCAAGGGUCGGACGGACAAGUCGAGGCCUCCGUCGGUCCAAGGCCUGCUGCACUGCUGCGCAAUACUGCAGACAAAUCUCGCACUGACGGUGCCACGAAAUCACGAACGACAGGCUCAGGAACCGGCGCAAGUGCAGGCACAGGUUCUGGAGCAUACAAACCACCACGGAUCACACCUACGGCCAUGCCCGAACCGUCUGUGUCAAGGAACCGCGACGAACCAGCACGGAAGCGUCGCUCUCAACUCCUCGACGAGUACAUCGAUGAAGAAAUCUCCACGGCGCCACGAUCACAGCCUUCCAUCGGGUCCAACAACACGAUCGUCCAGCACGGCCGCGGCGCCAUGUCUACGCGCGACCGAGAAAAGGAGCGCGAGCGACAGGACUAUGAGGAGCGCAAUUUUGUCCGGCUUCCCGCAGAAAGCAAGGCCGAGAGAAAGAAGGCGCGGCAACGCGGUGAACAUAAUCGGAGAGACAUGUUUGGUGGUGAAGACUGGACCGGACUCGGUGGACUGGGCGAUCGGAUCCACAGAAGCGUGGCUGGACGGGCGAGGGCCGAGGGAGGAAAUCUGCUUGAGCGCCGCGAGAAACGGAGGCGAGAUACUCAGGACGGUCCGAGAGGGGAUGGGUCUGCUGGUGAUGGCGGCGGCGGCGGUGGUGGUGGUGGGAUUGGCGAGAGUUUCGAAAAGAGAAGGAAAAUCAUGCAGCAGAGAGCGGAGAAGAAGGCUCGUAGGACAGGAUGA